AUCACAAGAAACAAAUACAAAAUCUCACUAAAACUUUGUUCAUGACUUAGUUGUUAUAAAAUGUGAAGAAAUACUUUAACUUUCAGUAUUGAAUAAAUAUAAGUAAAACUUCGUGGACUUGAGCUAAGUAUUGUUGAGUAUUUUGAGCCCUUUGUUUUUACAACAUUAUGUCGGACGAUGAAAAAAAUGUGCAUAGGUUGGAAGGCACAACAGGUGAUGCUCCAGGAGGAUUAAUUAUUAAAAAGAAAGACAAACCAUCUGAAUUCCAAUUUGCAAAACCAUCUCUGUUGGGACUGGAUAAAUUAGCUGCCGCUAAAAGAAAGCAAAAUAGACUAAUAUCCUUCCAAGACGACGCAAACGAAGAUGACAAUGCGGCUUCUAAUAAUGAGUCUGAUACCACAAAAGAACGUAAAUACAGGAAGCAUAAUGAAGAAACACCGACUUAUACGGGUGGUAUAUCGGAACAAGCCCGAGAACGUAUGCUGGAGAGAUUACAAAGAAAGGACAGGGAAACAAGAGAAAAGGGUGUACAUAAUUCAACAAAAGAAGAAAAGAAAACAUCAAAAGAUGAAAAUGAUGAUCACUACUACCGUCACCGUUUUGAUAGACGCGAAAGAGACAGAAGGUAUGAUGACUACAGAAAAGACAGGGAAAGAAGAAGAGACAGAGAUGUCGAAAGAAAAGGAAGAGAAUCCGAUAGAAGAGGUGGAGACUCAGAGAGAAGAGACCGGAGAGACAGUGAGAGAAGUAGAGACAGUUCACGAAGAAGCUACUAUGAGCCAAGGUUUAAAGAUGAACCACGGACACCCAGCAUAAAAGCAUUAAAACCAACAGACAAAACUGCUUGGGAUGAAGAUGAUGAUGAUAAAGGACCUAUACGAAAAUCAAGUUGGGAUUUCCCUACACCAUUACCCCGGGACGCUGGACCCUCUGAUCGGUCAUAUCGUAGUGAAAGGAGUGUAAAACCGAUGAGAGAUUACAAAGGAAGGCUUUAUGAGCAGUCUGAGAGAGCUUCUCCACACAAAUUUGCUAGUUCCAGACGUGGCUUGGAUGUAGAUGACCCUGAAUGGCAAGAGGCUGAAAAGAAAUUGGACAGAGCUUGGUACAAUAUGGGCGAAGGCGAAGCAGACGAGUCCGAUCCGUUUGCGGACACUAGUGCUGAAUAUAUCGCUCGCAAGGAAGAGCAGAUAGUGAAGCGAGCCAACAGGAAAGUGUCAGCGCAGAGACAACAGAUAGAUAAGGACAACGAGCUGUGGGAGCGAAACAGAAUGCUGACCAGUGGCGUCGUGCACUCUAUCAAUGUCAACAACGACUUAGAUGAGGAAAGCGUAGACAGGGUGCAUUUACUAGUCCACAACAUAGUGCCACCGUUCCUUGACGGCAGGAUUGUGUUCACGAAACAACCGGAGCCUGUUAUACCAGUCAAAGAUCCAACUUCAGAUAUGGCGAUGAACGCUCGAAAGGGUUCCGCAUUAGUUAAGGCGUUCAGAGAGCAAAAAGAGAGGCGAAAAGCUCAGAAGAAACACUGGAAAUUGGAGGGCACUAAAAUAGGUAACAUCAUGGGAAUACAGAAAGAGAAAGAAGAAGAGGAGGAUGAGCCAACUAAACAAGCUUACAAGUACGCCGAACAUUUGGAUAAAGAAGCUGAAGAGCCAGAAUCAAAGUCAGAUUUUGUGAAGAAGAAAAGUAUCGGUGAACAGCGCCGCUACUUGCCUGUGUUCGCUGUACGGGAAGAACUUAUGCAGGUCAUAAGGGAGAAUAACGUCAUCAUAAUAGUUGGCGAAACCGGUAGCGGUAAAACGACCCAGUUGACUCAGUACCUGCACGAGGAGGGGUACAGUCGGCUCGGCAUGAUCGGGUGCACGCAGCCGCGCCGCGUCGCCGCCAUGUCCGUCGCCAAGCGGGUCUCGGACGAGAUGAACACUAAACUCGGUGACGAAGUGGGUUACGCGAUCCGUUUCGAAGAUUGCACGUCCCCUAACACGGUGAUAAAGUACAUGACGGACGGCAUACUCCUGCGCGAGGGGCUGCGGGAGCCGGAUCUCGACCACUACUGCGCCGUCAUCAUGGACGAGGCGCACGAGCGGUCGCUCUCCACUGAUAUGCUGUUCGGCCUGCUCAGAGAGGUCAGUGGAUUUUACUAUAAUGACGUACUGAGUUCGGUUCGUCCCACGGCUCACAGAUGGCGCUGUAUCUUGUUAAAUCGCGCUAGAGAGGUUUUCAAUGUAGGCUUACUUAAGAUUCCGAGUGUCACGGAACGGUAAAUUUUCUCGGUAUGGACUAGUCGCUACGGAUCGUAACUAUUAUGGAUGGGCUCAUGGACUUUCAGAUUGUCUCUGUUUCUAUAUCUACAUAAUCCAUUUAAAAUUUUACAUAUAAGUUAACCAUGUCUUAGGGAUGGUCCAUAUUAGAAAAACAUCGAUGUCACCAUCGUAAAAGCUAGGGAUGUGAGAUUAAUAGAAAAUAGUCGAUUUAAUAAAAAUCGAUUAUCUUUUAUAAAUUAUAAAUCGAUUUGUCAAUAAUCGAUUUUAAUGAAAAUAAAUAAUCGAUUUUUAAGAAAAAAUCGAUUUUUUUUUCUAUUAUUUAAAAUCCUACAUGCUUUGCAUAUUCCAAUAAUAAACCUAAAAGAUUCAUAUUAACAAUUAAUCAGAUUAAAAAAAAAUAAUAUGAAUAAAAAAAUUGACAAUUCAAAACUAAAAAUCAAAGCAAAUGUUCUUUUAAACUUUCAAGGUAAGGAAUAAUAAAACCAAAUAUCAUUAUUGAUAGAAAUUCUCAGUAUCUUUAAACGUUAUAUAAUAAUAAUAAUUAAAUGAGCACCCCAUCAAAAUGACAACCUUAUUGUCGC